UAACUUUGGUUGCAUGCUAGUUAGGUAUGUUGGCUAGUGUUAGGUAUUCGGCGCAUAGCAAGUUAAGUUAAUUAUCUUGUGAAACAUUCGCAUAUGUUCUACCCACAGAGUCCCUUCCACGCCAAAAGAGGGUAAAAUCUAAGGAUUCUUAGGGACGAAAUUUAUUUCCCAGUAUCAUUUGAAAGCUGAGGUUGAGCGCGUCCUACUAAUAUGGGUAACGUUGUCUAGCCACUUAGCCAGUAGCUAGCUAGCGGGGUUUGCUAGCUACUUUUAAUGAGGUCUUGUCACUAUCAUCACCACGUUCUUACGGGACAAGUAUCUAGCUUGCCAGCUAGAUAGCUACAUCUAUUUUACAACUAUGUCUGAUCUGAUGAUUUUGGCUGGGAUUUUCUUUAUAAUAAUACUAAGCGUUUUAGUAACUAUAAGUGGGUAUGUACUGUACUCAGGGCUGCUUUCCGAGAUCAACAUCCGGACUGGCUCACCGCCAAUUAAGAAUAUUACAAUUGCCUAUAAAUACAAGCAGGGACCAUACAAAGAAUGUGGAACAGUCUUCACCGAAAGUUGCAGCAUUGGGCCGAAGCUCUCCAGCAUUGGGGUGUUCUAUGAUGACCCAAAACAGGUCCCGGGUGACAGGUGUCGCUACGCGGUCGGCAGCAUUCUGAGCGAGGGCGACGGGCGGCCAUGCGAGGAGCUCACGCGCCUCUACGAGAAGGCCGGCUUCCGCGUGUUCUCCUUCCCGGGGGUCACGCACGCGGUCGCGUCCUCCUUCCCGCACAGAACGCCCCUGUCCAUCUUCCUGGGGGUGCAGAGGGUCUACCCGCAGCUGGACUGCUACAUCAAGGAGAGGAAGUUGUGUGCCCAUCCCUUCAUUGAGAUUUACCAGGGCGACCUGAUCCACUACAUGAGUCCACUGGCACGCCAGAGUGAUUUCUACGUGCCCGAGCUGCAGGAGGCAGAGUGGAGACAAAGGGACACUGAGGACUCGGAGGAUGACAGAAGGACAGACGUCACAGGUGCAGACUCCAACAGCGAAACUAGCUCUGUGAGCCACACGAUCAUAUCGAACAGUCGGGAAUCGUCCCUGGCCCUGUCCUUGGCCCCUUCACUGAUUCGCCGAGGGCCAGGGGAAGGAGACCACUGGAGCGACAGGAGUUCCGAUGAGUCGGCAGGUAUCGGCUCAUCAUUCGAGGAGCUUGACCUGGAGCUGACCGAGGGACAGGGGGACGCAGGCGGCACCCAAGAUGAAAUUGUUUGCACCAAGCACUGGGAGACCACAUCAGAGGGGCGGGAGACGGUGGCUGAGGGGGAGGAGUAAGAAGAGGAAGCAGGACGCAUUCAGUGUCUGCCAUUUUGUAUCCUGGUUCUUGAAUUGACCACAAACAUGUUCAGAUGAAGGUUAAACUGAGAAGAUGCAUAAAUAUUACCCUGUUUGAUUUUAAAGAAUCCAGAUCCAGAUUUUGUAUUCCCCACCGGAGUGUAGACUUUGGUAGUUCCCCAGAGCAUCCCCCAAAACCAGUGUACCUUGCCCACACCACCCAUCAAAAAAAAGAAAUUAUGGCUUAGUUUUAACCAUUUCCUUAGUUAUCUACAUGCAUAUUGAUGAUUAUUUGCUUGAAACUGAAACUGUUGGUAUUCCUUGAUUUGAGUUCUUAUAAUGACAGGAAAACCCCCAGAGUGUCUUUAGACUC